AUGAUCAAAAUCGGAUAUAACACCGAGCACUCCGUCCAGAAACGGAAGGAGAUGAUUGCUGAGGCGGCGAAGGACCGGCAACUCCAAAACUUUGUGCUGCUGGCGCAUAUCCUAAAGCGUGCCGGAAUGGACAACGGAGAAGUCACGCUGUGCCUAAAGCGGUACCUUGGCACACUCCCGGCCGAGGACCUGCGUUCUCUCCGGGUCCACCUGCCUCGCGUGCAAGUCAUUAGCAAUGACUUUGUGCCGACUGUCGACGGCAUCGCCGAGCUCGCAGAGAUCCCGAGCAUGGCCAAGGCCUAUGUUACUCGGGCACUCCAGAUAGCAGGGCAGCGGAUGGUCAAGGAGCCCAAGACUGCGCAUGGUGCAAAGGGGUGGAUCAGGGCCCUUCUGCACCGUCUUGCGGCUGCACUACCUCAAGCACCGCAGCAGGGAGAGGGCAGCAAGGCUGCGUGGACCACUAACCCGGACUCGGCCAUCUGGCUGGGUAUUAUGGCUCGUCUCCGGGUCGCGACGCCCGUCGAUACGUGGGACGCCACGGUUACCAACGACAUGACCUUUGCCUGUUACAAUGGCUGGAGGGGUGUCUUCGGGCUCCCGCCCGCCAUUCCGGACCCGUUUGCUGUUGUGCCGGCGACGCCUAACAUCCCCAAGCACAGGUCCAAGCAGGCCGAUUUCCGACUCGAGCGCAGGAAGCCCAGAUUCCUUAGGCGAGACACUCUCCUAAGACUGUGA